AUUUGACAAUACAUUUCAUUAAUACCAGCACUAAUAGUUUCAGCAAAAGCUUCCAAAUUAUUUUAAAUUUACUUUAAAUAAAACUAUAGACAUUCUUUUAGAUUUAUUGUAAAAGAAUGAGCACAAGGCGGAAUGAAGUGCACAUUCUAUUCGUAGGCUAUUCGCGACCAGAUAGUAAUGAUUCCACUGCCAUGCGUGCGAAUUGCACUUGCACUUUAAUACAAACUCGUAACGGGCGCAACAUUAUUGUUGAUACGCUCACCGCCUGGGAUGGAGAACGCCUCACGGAGGUACUUCGGAACCUACACGGACUUCAGCCAGAAGAUAUACAUGUGGUUGUUUGUACACAUGGACAUUCCGAUCAUACCGGGUGCAACUACCUCUUCCGUGCAGCACAAUGGCACAUAGUUGGUGCCUGCGUUUCCAAUCGUGACAAGUAUUUGGAUUGUGCAUUAACACGUGGAGAAUCUGAACCAUUUCAAUUAUGCGGCGAUGAUGUGACAGUAGUACGAACACCAGGACAUACUCUUAGUUGUGUAUCAGUGUUGGUGCGUGACACUGCCCAUGAAGGCGUAGUGGGCAUUUGCGGUGAUCUUUUUGAACGUGUCGAAGAUAUAGCCGACCCUACUAUUUGGUUGGAAGCGGGCAGUGAAAAUGCUUCUUCCCAGAGGCGGCAACGUUUACGUUUGGCAGAGUUGUGUGACUAUAUAGUACCAGGUCAUGGUCAAGGUUUCGCUGUAACAUCACAGAUGCGAGAAAAGUUGCGCCAACAAUUGAAUGCGUGCAAUUCUGGCGAACAUUUGGAAGAUGUUUUUAUGUAACCUAAGCAAUCGACAAAUAUACUCGGACGUAAUGUAGAAAAUAAAAAGUCGUUACAAAGA